UUUACUUAAUUGAAGUUAUUAUGGUUCGGUACGAAAAAUGCCUGAGCGAGUGGAAAAUAUGAUUAAAAUAAGGACAACAGAUUAUCUGGUCAUUCUAACUUUUGAACUCAACUGCUACCUAAUCGUGGAAGUGUUAAACAAGGCAUGCCGAAUUUGUUGGCAAUCCCGCUUUGACUGUGCACAAAUAGAAUCUUUAACAGAAACAGCUGGAGUACUGAAAAAGUUUUCGUCCUUCAUAGCAAUGCUGCGAGCAGCGCUGUUUCAGACGUCUGACAAUGUUUCGUUGGAUAUAGCAAGACGUCUCAAAAAUCGGGAGAAAAGUCGUGAAGAACUGGAGCGUAACCCAUCGAUGCCAUCGAGAGAAUCCAGUGAAUCCAGCAAAACCACCGCUGACCGGGUUUUUCUAAAAUUAUUGUACAGAUCGGAAUUUGAAGCUUGUACAUACGUUCUCCCUUUGGACAACAACGACACCGAGCAAAGUUUCAGUCAGUCGCUUAAAAAAUCGCAUGAAUCUGCCGACAAAUUCCCUGAACGGCAGAAUGCCCAGAUUCAUCCAGAAAAGCAGAACAAUUUACACAGAUUUGCCGUUCUGCAGCUAGAAGCACGCUUGGACCACCUUUCUAAAGAUAAAGACAAAUUAAGGGAUGAGUUGAGUCGUACAAAAACCAGCCUGAGACAGUCCGAAGCUCGUGAACUGUCGUUGAUCGAAGAUGCCGAACGGCUGAAGCGAAAGGUCGGAAAGCAAAUGAUUGCCUUGAAAUCCCACUGCGACAAGCGGCUGCAGCACCUCGAGCUGGAGAAUAAACUGCUCACUCACGAUCUCACGCUGACGCGGCGGGAAGUAAGCAGUCUGAAGGCCCAACUGCGGCGCGCCCAAACCGAGAUUGCCCUCUAUUCUCGUCGUUUCAGACCCGGAAUCGUAAAUUCACCGGCCGCUGUCCGUGAGCAUUCUCCGCACUGUUACCUGCGCAAGCAAACAGAUCUCCCCACCCACCGUCCAAAUCCGUCGACCAAUCGGCGCGCUUCCACAUUGGAUCGUACGCAUUCAGCCGGUGCUGGCGGAAAGACCUGCCGCGCUGACGUAAGCGAACCGUUCCGUAGCCGCAGUUACUCACCGGGCGGUGUUGACCAAUCCAAACCACGCUUCGAACUGCACAUCAUCAAACAUAACCGUUCGGCGUCGCUUGACCAGCAAACACGACAACGGUCCGUGGAUAACCGUGCCUACGGCUGUAGGGGAAAAUUCGCGCCGCAAUAUAACGGGACGACCGAUCCGCGCAGCACAUCACCCUCGCUUGCUUCUUCACCAACACCGUUCCAACUAGAAUCGAGAUUUUCGAGAAAAUCGAAUCAUGAAAUGACCGCGAAAGGGGACUAUAGUCGCCAGUCAUCGCCGCUGUUUGUGGCGAAGAAAGAUCGUGCUGUCACUCCGAGUCCCACCCGGCCGCUGUAUGGUGCUUCACGAUUCGUGGAUUCCGACGAUGAGGUCACGGCGGGACAGCGUUCGCCUGCACGGCCGCCCAUGAUGAUUAUGGAUGAUGUGUCCGCACGUGCCAAGUUUUUACUGCAGAAAUAUCGUAGGAAAAACCAGUGUGGAUCGUCUUACACAUAAAAGUAAAAU